GUUGUUGUACAGUCCCUCAUUACACAGUGUCCUCUCGGUCGGUUUUAGCCCCGUUUUCCUGUGCACACUCAGCAGGUCCCAGCUUUCAUAGCUCCCCACACGUAGCCUCUCCGCUCUCUCAGCCCACACCGUUGUCAGCAUGCCAGACAGAUCUACGUAGCGACCGUCCUCAGCUGUGGCAGAAAAUGUUAACACCAAACUUUGUAGGAAAUGCAACUAUUUUUGGACAUAAUGCCAAGUUUUCAGAUGUUUGAGUAUUGUUUAUGAGGAGGCGACCUCAGCUGGAACUCUUUGAUGGCCCCGGUAGGACGAUGGCAAAAAGGCAAAGAUCUAACAUGGUAUUCAAAAGACAAAAAAGGUGGUGCACCAUUGUCACGGGCAGAUGAACUUGCUGCUGUUAAGGCUGCAGAGCAUGAAGCACUGAUGGCUGCACUAGGGCACAAGAAUAUAAAGCGGCAACCAACUGGUUUGUCCAAGGAGGACCUUGUAGAUGUUUGCAGGAGGGAAGAGGCCGAUGGCGAGGAGAGAAAUGUUGACCGAGUAUCAGGCUUGGGAAGCUCCAGUGCAGGUUCAAGGAAAAUGGUGCUCUCCCCAAAGGAAAAAGAAGCUGUUAAAAUGGGCUUGCCUGUUUUCACACACCACAAAACAGAGAAGACAGAGCGCUCUCAGGAAACCUCAACUACAAAAUCUCAGAGCACAGAAAAGGGGGAUGUGGAGGAACGACAUGAGAGCAAAAAGAAAAAGAAGGAAAAGAAGAGCAAAAAGGAGAAAAAGAAGAAGGAAAAAAAGAAGAAAAGGCAAAGAAGAGACUCAUCUUCCUCUGAGUCAGAUGACAACAGAAAGAGGCAGAGAAAGGACCACCAUCAUCAUAAUCCAUCAUACCAUAGUCAGAGUGGAGCCAGACCCCAUGACAGCCAUUCAAGGGGGGGAGCAAAGGCCGAGCGACAGUCCACCUACCCCCAUCACCGGCAGCAGAGGCAUGACACAGACUCCUCUGACGGGGGGUCUCCUGUCCCCCGUAACCCUGUCAGCAACAAGACGGCCCCUGCUGGUGCCACACAAAGCCACAGGCGGCGCCACGACACAGACUCGGACGACUGAUGUCCUUUCCAACCCCCCAAAAUCAAAGACACUUAAACGUGGACCUAACGAUCCACAGCAGCUCAGCUGGCCCCGAAGACCUCAUUUACCCUGAAUGGUCAAACACUGGAUGGAGACAGGUCAAUACUUUGAGACACAUGCUUUCACUUCCCCACCCAAUAAAGUGGUCACUCAGGUGUGGGACACUGGUGUCUUUGGUGUUAUUUUGGGUUUGUUUGACAAGUAAUUUAAUAAAUUUUGUUUAAUUAAAUUAUCAAAUGUUACACCUGAUGUGCUGUAAUAGGCUGCAAAUUAUGUUAUUUGUCAAAAAAGUAGGUAUGACAACAUUUUACACAGCAGUCCAAAAAACUAUCUUCCCCUGUGGUUGGCCUCGGUGGCUGCUAUUGUUCAUAAAGUCCUUAGGAAUUUUACAACUGUCUUGCUGCAAGCACAAAGACCUCAUCGUUACCCUCAUUUUUAACUGUCAGUCAUCUUUCAGCAUUUCAGGUAAGCUGAAACGUUUUAUGGUUGUCUAAAGUUGUUUUAGUUACAGUAAUGUUUGAAUCAUCCAACUGGACAAUUACAGUGAAAAUAUUUAAUAAAAUGACAGCCAAUUCUAGCAAAAAAAAAAAAAAGUUUCUUUUAAAUUUUCUCUCCAAGAUCUCCCUAAUACCUUCGUUGUCUUUGCACAUCUUCUGUCCCACUGUGCCUUUUGCACUUCUCAGCAGCUCAGGUCCUUUUUUCUCAAUUGUGCCAUCGCUCCUUAAUCUCUCACUUUCCUAGGUUAGCUCCCUGACUGAUGUGAUACCACUGGAAUGCUCUCCAUUGGCCAUAAUAGAGUGUAGUGUUUGCAAUUGCCUUGAAUUGGUCUGAAAGGGGGUAUUCUGCUAGCAAGCACCUAGUGGGUGCACUAAAAAAGAGCAAGGCAUUCAUAAAGCAGAGUGCAAAAAACCAGGCUGGUCCUUUUAUAUGAUCAAGUACCGUUAGACUGCCACACACAAACCAAGCUGAUGGAGCAGCAGGGGAGGAGGCCAUACAAAGCAGCCCUAUGAGGGACCUAAACCUCAGACUCCCUCCUUUUUCACCACCAUCACACUCUUCUGUCAUGUUUUACAGGCUCGGCUGCAUUAACCCUAGCAGCCUAAUCAACCUGCAGGAAUGCUGUCCUGGAUUGCCACCCCUAAACAAUGUGAACCAGGGUGUGCUCUCCACAUUACUGCUUCAACCCAAGCUUUAAGUGCUUUACUCAGCUCAGGACGACACAUUACUCUAUAGGUCAAAGGGUUGCUAUGAUACUGAUUUUAAGGUCUUUUGUAAAAUUUUAGUAUUUUAUCAGUGGACUUUCUGUCUUUUAAAUAAACCCUGCAUGCUAAGACAUGGCAGCUUUAUUAAAUUAA